AUGGCUGAUGAUUACAACCGAUAUUUCACCAACGAACAACGCAACAUAACGACCCUGGAACCAUCGACAAUAAAUCAAAACAACAUCAUCACUACAAAUUUCCCCAGCUCAGAAGAAAUAGCGGAUCAAGUGGUGGCCGCAAUUCAGCCAAUGUUCACCAGGUUAACUAACGAAAUUCAAAGUUUGCGCAAGGAAUUGCAGAUAUUAAAGAAGCAAAAUGAAGAACCACAACGAAAAGUAAUGCCAGCAGCACCUUUCAAAGAAAUUGAGCUAUUCUUUGAUUUUGAAAAACAGCUCCAGGAAAACAGCGAGGACUUACAAUUGUUUGUACCGGUACCCACACGUUUUUCAAGUUACAAAUCAUCCGAUAUGGUAAAAUCUCUGGAUCAAUAUCCUGAAGUCGAAGUAUUAAAGAAUCCUCCAGAAUGGAAAUACGUUGAACGCCUGCUGCCCAAACCUGUCAUACCCAAAGUAGCUGAAAAGCCGGAAUAUCCAUCUGGCUGGAAACCACAAUCAGUUGGUCUGAAAGACAUGGACAAGUUGGAAUACUAUGUAGCCCGUUCACGUAAUCAUAUGGUUCCAGUCUACUUGGAAACAACAUUCAGAGGACAGCGCAGGGUUACAGUGCUCAAACGUGUACAAGGCAACAUAUGGCAACUUGAAAAAGAACUCCGGGCUGUGGUGGAAAAGGAACGUAAGGGUAAAAUGUGCGCCACCCGUGUCAACGAAAUGAGCGGACAGAUACGCAUACACGGCGACUAUGUUGAUGUUGUGAGGGAGUAUUUAAAAUCAAAGGGUUAUUGAUCAUAUUCCAAA